GCAGACGAUUGGCUGCCGUGGGAGGGCGCUGUCAGAGCUGGAUUGGCCGCUGUUGAGGACGGAAGCGCAGAGGUCUGGAGCUGCUGGAACCCGGCCGCUUGGCGCGAUGUGGGGCGCGAGCCGGGGCUGGGUAGCGGGGCCGACGCUGCUGGGGCUGCUGCUGGCGCUCUCAGUGCGGAGUGGUGGCGCGUCCAAGGCCAGCGCCGGGCUAGUGACCUGCGGGUCAGUGCUGAAGCUGCUCAACACUCACCACAAAGUGCGGCUGCACUCACACGACAUCAAAUACGGAUCUGGCAGCGGCCAACAAUCGGUAACCGGCGUGGAGGAGUCCGACGAUGCCAAUAGUUACUGGCGGAUUCGCGGCGGCUCCGAGGGUGGGUGCCCGCGCGGGCUCCCAGUGCGCUGUGGGCAAGCAGUGCGGCUCACGCACGUGCUCACCGGCAAGAACCUGCACACGCACCACUUCCCGUCGCCGCUAUCCAACAACCAGGAGGUGAGUGCUUUUGGGGAAGACGGUGAGGGUGAUGACCUGGACCUGUGGACAGUCCGAUGUUCUGGGCAACACUGGGAGCGAGAGGCCAGUGUCCGCUUCCAGCACGUGGGCACCUCUGUGUUCCUGUCGGUCACUGGUGAACAGUAUGGUAACCCCAUCCGUGGGCAGCAUGAGGUUCAUGGCAUGCCUAGUGCCAAUGCUCACAACACGUGGAAGGCAAUGGAAGGAAUCUUCAUCAAGCCUGGAGCAGAUCUCUCCACGGGUCACGAUGAACUCUAAGAGCCGGAUGAGUGAUGGGAGGGUGGCUGAGUGGCAAUCUCAGGGCCACUCUUGUGUAAGACUUUGUUUGUAGGGGCCCUCAAGUGCCUUUAUGAUUAAAGAAUGUUGGUCUGGGAUUAUUUUUGCUGUAACCCUGGGGAAGAUCUGAAGGUGCCAGCCAUAUCUGUCCAAGUUACCAUCUCACCUGUCUCAAGCACCUGCUGAAUUUUUUUUUUUUUUUUUUUUGAGACUGUCUCACUAUGUAUCCUUGGCAGGCCUGGAACUCACAGAGAGAUCCACCUGCCUCUGUCUCCUGAGUGCUGGUAUUAAAGGUAUACACCACCACAAUUGGCCCCAACCUGUUCAAUAAACUGAUUUUUAUUACUAA